UUAAUGCUCCCUCCUUUAUCUCCAUGUUUGAGCCAUAUAUGCACCAAACCAACCAACGACCCAUGAUCGGAGAUUGAUGGUUAAAGCAGGUUAAAGAAUAAGUAAACUUAAUAGAAAAUGGCCUCGAAGAUUUUUGGAAGCAUUUCGCAAAUAGACAUUGUGCAAGCCACAAGAAAACAUACUGCCACUGUAUUCUUUUUACAUGGUUCCGGUGGUACAGGAGAUGAUUUAAAGAAAUGGAUUCAUAUUCUCAAUAGAGGAAAGCUCCAGUUUCCUCACAUAAAGUUAAUUUAUCCAACGGCACCAAGUCAGCCUUACACACCCAGCAGAGGCAUGAUUCAGAAUGUGUGGUUUGAUCGAGCUGCAAUAUCCAAUCAGGUACCAGAAGAUGUAAAGUCAAUUGACUCUAUGUGUCAGAAUAUAUCAGAAUUGAUUGAUAAAGAAGUUUUUGAUGGUAUUCCACUUAAUAGAAUAAUAGUAGGUGGUUUUUCAAUGGGUGGUUGUCUCGCAUUGCAUGUAGCAUAUAGAUAUAAAUCAACUGUAGCUGGUUGUUUUGCCAUGUCUUCUUUUUUGAAUAGAGGAUCUGUAGUUUAUGAGCAUUUAAAAAUAUCUCCAGAAGAUAGUAAAGUGCCGUUUGUUCAAUAUCACGGUAUGACAGACACUCUGGUUGAUUUUGAAUGGGGUGAAGAGACUGCUAAGAGUUUAAUAGAUCUCGGGGUAAACGUUAAAUUUGUACCACUGAAGAGCGAUCAUGAGUUAACUCAAGAAGAGAUAUUAAAUUGGAAAUGUUGGCUACUUGAUAUUUUGCCUGACAAGUAAAUAUAUAAUUUAUUGUCACUUAAAAAACAAAUAUGUGCAAAACAAUAUGUGAUAGUGAUCUUGUAUUUGUUUUUUUAAAAUAUUUGUAAUAUUUGUGUGUGUGUAUAUAUACAAUUAUAUAUAUGUAUAU